AUGAACGCUAACCUCGAGGAAGCCGCCAACGUCGCGACCGAGUACCUUUCCAGUCUAGAGAACCUGCCGCAGGAGACUGCUUUCAUCCUAGGCGAGAUUCGCUUCCUGGACGACCAAGUAAAAGGCGAGUGCCGAAUGUUCAUCCAUGACAGUCUCGCAAAGAAGACCCACCAGUACUUUUCUCACUCCCUCAAAGCACCCGGGCAAGCCCUGGGUGGCAAACAGGAGGCGAUACCUGGCGCCGUCGCCGCGAUGUACGCGGAACUAGGCGUUCUAUCUAGGGAGAAAGUUGCGCUCGCCACGCGUCUCGUCAAGCUCUUCGAAAGGGCUAUGGCGCGCCUACAGCAUGAUGUCCAGAAGAUUUUGAAGCUCCAGGGUGACGAACCAGGACUGCCUCCCACCAAACACUUUUUGGCCACCGUCGACGACACCGUUCGGCAGCUGGAGAGCAGCUUGCGUGCCGCCGUGACUAGCGCUGUGGCGACUCCUGUUGAGACCCCACCAGCACUAGCGCCCACGGGCCCGCCGCCACCGAAGAAACAGCGCCGGCAGGCGACGACAGUACCGUCGUCGGCCGUCAUCAAGCUGCCGAGCCCGGUGCCGGUCGCGGCGAGCGCGAACAACGGGAGCGCGUCGGGUGUGCAGCGUUCGGGGCUCUCUCGCCAAGUGCACCCGCGGCAGUCACCUGUGCACUCGCGUCGGAAGCAUGCGUCAGCCGGGCCCGAUGACGAGGACGCGGAAGGGGAGGACGACAUGGAGGACGGCGGAGAGGACGGCGCGGACGCGGAAGACCAGGAGCUGUACUGCUACUGCCAGAAGCUCUCGUAUGGCGAGAUGAUCGCGUGCGACAACGAAAGCUGCCGGUACCAGUGGUUCCACCUCUCGUGCAUCAACGUGAAGCCGGGGUCGUCGCUGCCCGACGAAUGGUACUGCGAGGACUGCAGGGCAAAGCUCGGGAUCCAAGACACGUUCACGCCGACGCCGCCAGCAGCGGCGGCCACGAGCGGCGGCCGGAAGGGGCGGAAGAAACAAUGA